AUGAUUAAUAGCAGCGAGCUUCCUGCUGGUAGUCUUAUGUGGUUGGCCGCGGCUGGGCUAGCCAUUUAUGUUGGCUCUUGCAUGAUUUACGACCUAUUUUGGCAUCCUCUGGUUUCUUUCCCUGGUCCCUUGUUCGCGGCAGUCACUCCUCUUUAUAAGGCGUAUAUUGACCUGGUCGCCAAAUCAUCGUUGGUACAUACGCUUGAGAAGCUACAUUCCCGGUACGGCGAUAUUGUCCGUAUUGGCCCCAAUGAGAUUCAUUUUAGACGUCCUUCGGUUUACGCGGAAAUCUACAAUGCAUUAAAUAAGUGGGACAAAGAAAAAUCGCUAUAUCACAGUUUCGGCGAGGACCGCUCCUCGUUUGGUUUCCUGACAUACAAUGAAGCCAAGGAAAGAAAGGAUGUAUUAAGCAGACUGUUUUCAAAGAAGGCGGUUGCAGAUGUCCAAGGUCUUGUUUCGGAAAAGGUAUUAAGGUUGUGUGAUUCGUUCGAAAAUCUAGGCUCGAAACCUGCGGAUCUUUUUUAUGCAUAUCGAUGCAUGUCCGUCGAGGUCAUCACCUAUCUCUGUUUUGGGAAGAACCUUGAUGCGAUCAGUGCACCGAACUAUGAAGCGCCAAUCAUCAAGGCCAUGGAUUCCUCUUUACCUGUUUUUGUCGGCUUCAAGCACUCGUCGCUCCUAAAAGAAACGAUAUUGAACUGCCCCCCGAAGCUUUCCAAACUCAUCAGCCCGGCCUCUGCGGGGUUGGUUGACCUACAAGAGCAGCUCCUUAAAGCGCAAAUAAGCGACCUGACUACGAACCCCGAAGAUCUGCAGAACUUACCGCAUUCAACCACAAUAUACCACGAGCUGCUGCGUCCCCAAGCCUAUCGCAGUGGCACAGUUCCAAGUGCAGCCAGUUUGUACGAAGAAGCCCAAGCAUUACUCUUUGGCGGUGCUGAUACGACCGGCACAACACUUAUGCACGGCUCUUUCUAUGUAUUGAAAACGCCCACGGUGUAUCAAAAGUUGAAAACGGAGCUGCGUUCUAAAUGGCGAGUUUUGGAUGAAGCUCCCAGCCUCUCCGAGUUCGAGAAAUUUCCGUAUUUGACUGCUGUCAUUAAAGAAUCGCUUCGAAUGAGUCCUGGUGUUGCCUCGCCGCUUCCACGUGUGGUACCAUCUUCCGGUGCACGUAUAGACAAGACCUUCAUUCCUGGUGGGACGGUGGUCGGAAUGAGCAGCCACUUCGUGCAUCGUGAUGAGACCAUAUUCCCGAAUCUGGAUGAAUUUAUUCCCGAGCGGUGGUUGAAUGAUAAGGGAAGAGACAUUGACAAAUGGUUAGUGGCAUUCUCGAAAGGCCCACGACGCUGGUUAGGUUCGAACCUUGCCUGGGCGGAACUAUAUCUCUGUUUUGCACACGUUUUUCGAAAGUUUGAGAUGGAGAUCGACCCUUCUAGUCCCAAGAAGCUUGAGUGGCGUGAUUGUUUUCUACCAGAAUAUCAUGGGCCACACCUGAAAGUCGUAGUUAGCAAGGUGGUUGCCUAA